AAGGAAGAAAGAGAGAGAGGUUUGAUCCGAUUGUGGAAGCAAAGGAAAGGAAGUAAAAAGAAAUGGCAGGCGUCACAGUCACAGCCACCUCCUCCGUCGCUAGCGCCGGUCUCCUCCUCAAGCAUUCCUCCGCCGUCUCCGUCGCACCCGUCGUCCUCGGCCUGUCCCUGAAGAGGGGAAAGAGGAACGUAGGAGUGAGAUGCUCGAUGGAGACGAAGCAGCAGAGCGGCACGGUGGCAGGAGCCGGUGUGGCAGCGGCAGCGGCAGCGUUGGUGAUGAGUAGCCCAGCAAUGGCGCUGGUGGACGAGAGGAUGUCGACGGAAGGGACAGGACUUCCCUUCGGUCUGAGCAACAACCUCUUGGGAUGGAUUCUGUUCGGAGUGUUCGGUUUGAUAUGGGCUCUUUACUUUGUCUACACUUCCUCUCUCGAGGAGGACGAGGACUCCGGUCUUUCCCUCUGAAACAAACUAGUUUCGUUUGUCACCUUUGGCAAUCCUUCUUCCUCCACUUUGAUGUC